AAGCAGCACUGGUAGCUAGCUAGCACCACUACCAACAACUUCAUCACUUAGAGGUUAGACAGACAGACACAACAGAUCAGUCCAAUCAACCUACAGUCGUUUCAAUGGAAAUUUCAAGACAACUCAGUGACAAUGUGAUAGCCUUGGCAUUACUGCUCUGUAUGGUUGCACUGCAGGUGUGGUGUCAGCUAUGCCCGGGACCAUGCCAGUGCCCCAGCCCCGUGCCCCUGUGCCCAGCUGGAGUCCCUCUGGUCCUGGACGGCUGCCAGUGCUGCCAGGUGUGUGCCCGGCAGCAGGGUGAGGCCUGCAGUGAUCUGUACUUGUGUGACAGCCAGCGAGGACUGCAGUGUGACUACAGCACUAGCUUCUCCGGCAACCCUGGAGAGUGUUCCAGUCAGGAGGAGUUGGGCUGUGAGAUGAAUGGGGUUUCUUACCUGGAUGGCCAGGUGUUCCAGCCCUCCUGUGCCACCCAGUGCCGCUGCCUGGGGGGAGGUGUGACCUGUGUGCCCCUGUGCCCUGAGGACAUACGUCUGCCCAGCCCAGACUGCCCAUACCCCCAGCGGGUACAGCUGCCUGGGAAGUGUUGCAAGGAGUGGGUGUGUGAGAACACGGACAAUACCAUCCUUCAGGAUGCCAUCACAGCCUCCAGAUCAGACAGGUUGUGGCCAGGCAUGUCUGGUCCCCAGCCAAACCCAGCCUUUAACUGUAUAGACCAGAGUACAGAGUGGAGUGUCUGCUCCCGGACUUGUGACGGCGGGGUCUCCACUCGGGUUUCCAACAAGAACCCAGCCUGCCGGCUCGAGAUGCAGAGCCGUCUUUGUAAGGUCUGGCCCUGUCAGGCACUCCAGCUACGCAGAAGCCCCAUGUCGGGCCGGCGCUGCGAGCCGAGCUACAGGUCAGUGGUGCCAGUGAGACUGGUGCACCAGGGCUGCUACAGCACAAGAGUCUACCGGCCCCGAUAUUGUGGCCAGUGUACCGACGCCCGCUGCUGCUCCCCGUACCGGACCAGCACGGCCACCGUGGCAUUCCGGUGCCCCACAGGCAGGCUCCUACACCGGGCAGUCAUGAUGAUCCAGUCCUGUGUCUGUCACUACAACUGCCCCUACUCAGCUUCAGGCCCCUAUGCAGCUGUACCCUACUCAGCUUCAGGACCUUAUGCAGCUGUACCCAACACAGGCCAUUCACGCUCAUACAGGAGCCCUACCAUUUGGGGCUAGACUUGCAUUUCAAUUCAACCCUCUAGUCCCCCUUGAGAACCUAGGGCGUCCACCGUGGCUCUCCACCUCAAUAUGUUCCGCAUAGGGCUUUUUACCAGGAGAUCUCCACUUUACUACUUACUGUAAGUUAUUGUAGAGAUCUAGAGCCCUAUCCUACCCCCCUUCAUGCACUGACACUCCCAUACUGAGACAUGGGAGCAUUCUGUAUCCCAAUGUCCAUACUGGUACACUACUUGCCAAAUAGAUAGAUAAGUGGUAUAUAAGUAUGGAUAUUGGAACAGAGCGGCAGCGUAGCCUAGUGGUUAGAGCGUUGGACUAGUAACCGCAAGGUUGCGAGUUCAAACCCCCGAGCUGACAUGGUACAAAUCUGUCGUUCUGCCCCUGAACAGGCAGCACUGUUCCCAGGCCGUCAUUGAAAAUAAGAAUGUGUUCUUAACUGACUUGCCUGGUUAAAUAAAGGUAAAAUAAAUAAAUAAAUAAAAGAGCCUCUCUCUAUCAUGAAAGGAUCCAGCAGGUAUAACCUAUACCUCUUAGGAUAGAUAGGGGAAGUGAAAUGGUCUUCUGGGACUGAGUUGGGGGAUAAAGCCCUGACAUGACUGGACAAGGUCAGUCUGCACUAAGACCUCCUGUCUCUUCCAUUUUAUCACCUGUCAUAGGGUGACCUCAUGAGGAGUAGAAUAGGUCAAUAAACCCUAAUUAGCUAGGCUCGUCCCAGGUCUGUUUGUGUAUUUCUCUACUACAUGGUCAUUGUCAAGCCAAACAUUUAGCAUGAUGUCUCCAUAAGGAGACUGAUAGAGCUACUGUUUAGCAUAUGGAAGUGAACUACUGUAACACAACACGUCUUGUUUACUGAUUGACCAACUGUUGUAUCAUAUGACUAGACUAGAUGACAUUUGUUGCCUUUCUUGACUCAUCUUAGGUCUUAGUGUUUCUCCUGGACUCGUGACCUGACUUAGUUGACUGAAUAAGUGUUGUUACUUACAUUUUCGUGAAUUUAUUUUACAGAAUGACACCAACUUUUGGGUUGAUAGACACUGUAUCUUGACAUGCAAAUUCCAUCUGUUGUAUCAGUUUGUUUGUUUAUAAAUGUGUCUAUUUUGUGAUGAAAUUGUACUUUUAUUUUCUAAGUUGCUGUAAAUAUAAACCAUUCUUAUGCUUUUUGAAACAUACAACUGUAUCGCUGAUUCUAUGCAUUGUCCAAAAUGUUUUCCAUUCACAGUGCCUUUUGUGUAAAGCUUGAGCUCAUUUGUACAUAGCAUAUUAUUCAAUAAUUAAUUUCUAUAUUGAGAUGUUGUUGUAAUUUCUUCUGUAACUUUCCCAUAAAUCUCCUUAUGAAUGA